AUUCAUGUGGUGAAAUUUGUAACCCUAGAAGGACCAGAAUCUGUCAUUGCUCUUCUCAGGAAGCACGGUUUCUCCAAUUUCCAAAUUAGCAAAAUUGUUCAGUCAUGGCCAAGGAUUCUUUUAGCUGAUCCUGAGAAAAAUAUUCUUCCUAAGCUUAAGUUUUUCUCUUCUAUUGGGAUGACUGGCCCAGACAUUGCAAAAAUCAUAUCUUCUUGCGCAUUAACAUUAACAUGUAGCUUAAUAAAUCGAAUUGUUCCUGUUUAUAAAUUCCUCAAGGGUGCUUCGCUAUUCGGCGAUGAAUUUGCCAUUAAAGCUAUGAGUAGGGCAUCCAGGACUUGUGUAUAUAAUGUGGAAAAGAUUAGCGCGUCUAAUUCAUUGCUUUUAAGAGAAAUUGGAAUGCCACAAUCCGUUAUCAAGCUUUUAUUGAUCAAUCAAUUCGUUAUUGAUAUGGGGGUCUGUCCUACAGAAACGAAGUUUAUCCGUGCUCUUUGUGCAGUUGUCCAAUUAUCUGAAUCAACUCGGCAACACAGAGUUGAGGUUUAUGGAAGAUAUGGCUGGUCUAAAGAUGAGAUAUUAAUGAAGCCUUCAGAAAUAGCUGCAUAUCCUCACCUUUUUUCUUUCAGUUUGAAGAAGAGAACCAUUCCUAGGGGUUUAGUUAUCAAAACUUUGAAGUUGAAAGGUGUUGUCGAGAAGAAUGUCGUCUCUUUCUUAUCUGUAUUGGCAGCAAGUGAGAAACGCUUCUUAAAGACUUAGGUUGAUGGAACACAGGGAGCAUAUAUACCUUAUUUGCAGGAUGUCUUUGAAGGUAGGAAGUGUCCUCAAGAGCUAGGCUUUCAAUCUGAAUAUAUUCCGGGGGCAUGAACAUGUCGAUUUUAAUCUCUGUAAUCUAUGUUAUUUUUGUUAUCCAUUCUACCACCAAAGAUUUGGUGAACUGAUACAGCUUAGUGUACAGCAAGAGAAUAUUUGGAACCUGUUUCUACUGUGGAUAGCACAGUUUGUCUUCAA